AAAAAAAUUGAUAUGACUUAUAUGUCAAUGAUAUGACUUGACAUGAAAUUAUGCCUUUAACGGCUGGAUUAGGAAAAAAACCCGGAUUAAUAAAAGAAGACAAUGACUUGACAAAAAAUUAUUGAUUUGACAUGAAUUAAACACGUAUGACAAAAUUUUUUAAAAAAUAUUACGAAAGAAAUAAAUACCUACGAAAGACUAGGCAGUAUGGUCGAAAGACUUUAGCCUGCCCUAUGGGCAAAAAAAAAAAAAAAAUUGAAUAGAACAGAAAUUUGGCGCCAAGCUUCUUGCAUUUUGUGCAUAAUUGGCACGACUAACAUUUAGUUUUUUAAUGAAAGCGAUCGGUUCUAACCAGCUAUUGGACUUACAUAAAUAUAAUUUUUCUUAACAAGUUUAAAUUAACAAAAUUUAUCAACAAUGGACGUAACAGACAUUAGUAAAGUGGCUAGUCGAAAAAGGAUGAACACAGAUGCUGAAAAGCUUAGAGAAAAAGUAUCUCGUGAAACGGCGAAAAUUAUUAAAUUGAAGGUGGCGCAGGACACGGCGUACUGGGAUGUGAAGGAGCGGCUCCAGCAGCUGCAGGGCGCGCACGAGCGCCUGCAGCAGAACAUGGUGGACGUGCAGAUGCAGCACGAGGCCGCGUCCGCGCAGUACGCGCGCGAGCUGCGCCUGCGCCCCGACACGCUCAACAAGUUGGCGGGCGCGCGCGCCGUGGGCGACGUGCUGGAGCAGUUCGGCGAGCGCCUGCGCCGCGGCGUCGCGCGCAGCCGCGCCGACCGCGCCGCGCUGCAGGCCGCCUACGCGCAGUGCGGCGCGCGCGUGCCGCCUGGCCGCGCGCCUCGCCGCCGCGCGCGCCGCCGCCGCCGCCGCACGCGCCGCAGUUCAUGUACACAGAUACACACACAGAAUACAGAAAAGAAGAAGAUAGAACACAUACGUAAAGGUACCGCCAACCAGGCAGCCGAGGCGCAGCGCCUGAGCGAGGCCUACUCGCAGCUGGGCCUAGCGCGCGGCCGCGCCGACGAGCUGGCGCAGGCGCGCGACAUGCUGGCCGCGCGCCUGCGCCAGGCCGACGACGCCGCGGCCGCCAUGCGCGACGACGUGGCGCGGCUGCUGCAGCAGUCGGCCGCGCAGCUGGCGGAGCUGCGGCAGAGCGCGGCGCGCCUGGAGGACGAGUGGGUACCUAUAGGUCGCGGCGCCGCGCGCAGGUAG